CGUUUCCCUCCCACCCACCCAACCCCUUUGCAUGCAUUUCCGGUUCGGUACAGUGCCACGUCAGCAGUGCCAUGUCACAGUGCCACGUCAGCAGUGCCACAUCACAGUGCCACGUCAGCAGUGCCACGUCACAGUGCCAGAUCAGCAGUGCCACGUCAGCAGUGCCAUGUCAGCAGUGCCACGUCACAGUGCCAGAUCAGCAGUGCCACGUCAGCAGUGCCACGUUGGACAUACUCGCUGCAAUCGAGGCUGAGGAACAACGCCAGCUGGCAGUCAAGGCUGCCCAGCUACAGGCUGACGAAGCGGCAACAGCAGAGAAGCUGCGGCUACAGGCCGAAGCRRACGCAGAUGCCCAGGCUCACCGCAAGGAAGCCCAGGCUCUGCUGCAGCGGCAUGAAGCCAACAGCAUCGAGAAWCUCAAGUACUGGCACUUUGAACCGAACGGCGACGAGCCAACACCGGAAGAGCAUCAUAAGGAGUUCAUGGCCAAACUCGUGAGCAGGUUGGUUUACACGUGUAACCACCUACAGUCCGAGCUGGCAAACCUUCGGCAGACCGUGCAAAACCAUAAGAUUCAGCACGAGGAUGCCACACGGGCACUAGACGCCCGUGUACUGGACCUGGAACAGGCUGUACCAGGACCAGAUGCUGGAGCUUCCAGCAGUGCACCCUCUAGCCGCCAACUGGGGGAAAGCGUUGACCACGUGGUGGCAAUGCUAGGAGACAUAAGUGCCUUCACAGAGCCGGCCACCGUCAGCCAGCGGUUCGAGUUGGUGGACACUAGGAUCGGUCAGCAACAGCAGACAGACCACAGCCACAACAACAGCUCGGCGAGGCCAUACAAGAUGCCGACGUUCCGGAUCGAGAAAUUUGAUGACUACAAACAUCAAGACCCGGUUGUCUGGUGGCAAGGAUUUAGAACGGAGUCGGGGAUUCACGAAGUCCCUGACCAUCUGGUCAUCAGUGCUCUGUUCAUCAACACCAAAGGAGGUGGCUACUGUCCAGCCGUGAAGCAACAACAAGUCCCGCAACAAUGGGAAGGCAAAACCAGCAUCGCAGACCGGAAAUGGACAGCUUCCAUGGGUCAAGUUCGGUUUGACCGAGGCGGAGUACAAGGUCCGAGGCCGCUACGGCAGCUGCUAUUGGUGCAACAGCACCAAGCACAAGACCUCCCUGUGCCARGAUCAGGGCAAGGAGGAUGUGCAMCCCCGCCUCAGCUCGAGAAACUGAGCUCCGCGGAAGGUGAGGCGACUCCACCUUCUACUCCGCCAGAUUCGGCCGCCUUGCUAGCGGCCUCCUGCACAUCUGGGGAGAAAGCGAAUGUCGCAAGUCCUCGGUACACUUACGAGGACUAUGCUGUCCACUUGGUUCCACCGCUGGACCAACCACUCCACGUGCAACAAUCCAUCGCAUGCACGGUUUCAUCACCAUCGGCAACCGAUUCGGCAACUUCGCCGCAAUCUAUGGUCGGGGAUUCGACGUCAUGGUCAAGACUUGAAAAGCUCGACCCAUUCACGUUCACGGACUUCCAGUGGAUGCCCGUUCCCUCGGCCGGACGAUUGCCGAAACCGCAUUGCAAUGUGCUCAUGGCACAACUGCGGGACUACUUGCACACUGCAGUACCCACUCCGUUGAUGGACGCCGGAGUAGAGGUUGUCGACCUUCAUGAUUACAUCGCGAAGAUCGACCACGAGUUCAAGACGCAACGGUACGACGACAUCGACGCACCAUUGCUAUAUGUACGCAUUCAGAUCGGAGAGGCGACCUGCAACGCCUCGGUCGAUUGCGGAGCAUCUCGCAACUACAUCAACCAGGACUUCAUGGUACACGCCGGCCUCGGCCCACGUGUCCGGAGGAAGUCCCAGCCUACGCAAGUCACUCUGGCAGACGGUCAUAUGCACAAGUCCAUCGACCGGUGCAUUGACGUCGUCCAAGAGUACUUUGCCCCUCACGCAAGUGAGGCGGUGUCCUUUGACAUUCUCGACACCAAAUUCGACAUGAUAUUGGGCAUGUCAUGGCUGCGAAGCGAGGAUCACCCGGUGAACUUUUUCAACCACACCGUUCACGUUCGUGAUCGGAACGGAGUAUUAGUUCCACGCACGGUGCCUCUUCCUCAUCCUUCGAUCAGCUGCCACGUGGUAUCCGCCGCAAGCAUGCGAGCAUCCAUCAUCAGAGACAACAUCGAGGAGAUGGGGGUAUGUUUUUUCCACGCCCUCCCACCCCGAGACGCUUCAUCGACGGACUCAUCUUCGGAUCCACGCAUCACCGAGCUUCUCGACGCCUACAACGACGUGUUCGAAGGCCCGCAUGGAGUAGUACCGGAUCGACCCAUCCGCCACGAGAUCAUCCUCGAGGACGGGGCCGUACCUCCRCGCGGUUGCAUCUACCGAAUGAGCGAGGAAGAGUUAAGWGUGCUUCRGGCACAACUCGACGRCCUUCURGAGAAAGGCUGGAUUCGGCCUAGCUCAUCACCAUACGGUGCUCCUGUUCUCUUCGUCCGGAAGAAGAACAAGGACCUGCGGUUCUGCAUCGAUUAUCGCAAGCUCAACGCGCAGACGAUCAGGAACGUCGGCCCUCUCCCACGCAUCGAUGAACUUCUCGAGCGAUUGGGCGACGCCCAGUUCUUCUCUAAGCUGGAUCUCAAGUCAGGGUACCACCAACUCGAGAUUCGCAAGGAGGAUCGCUACAAGACCGCGUUCAAGACACGGUAUGGGCAUUUCGAAUGGCUGGUCAUGCCAUUUGGCCUUACGAAUGCCCCGACCACUUUCCAAGCGGUUAUGACAACGGAGUUCCGACACAUGCUGGAUCGUUUUAUACUUAUCUACCUCGACGACAUUCUGGUCUACAGUCGGAGUCUGGACGAGCAUGUGGAACACCUGCGCACCGUUUUGGAGCGGCUACGACAAGCCAAGUACAAAGCAAACCGCGACAAGUGGGAGUUCGCACAUCAGGAGCUGGAGUACUUGGGACACUGUGACGCCGCAAGGCAUCCCGUGUCAUUCGUAUUCCAUGACGACGCACGCCGGUCAUUCCAAGCACUUAAGACGGCUAUGCUCAUGGCACCCGUCCUUAGCAUCUAUGACCCCACCCUGCCGACGCGAGUGACUACGAACGCUUUCGGCUAUGGCAUUGGGGCAGUCUCGGAACAGCACGACGGCGACGACUGGCACCCUGUGGAGUAUUUCAGCCACAAAGUGCCUCCCAUCAACUCGCUUGAUGAUGCAAGGAAGAAGGAGCUGCUCGCAUUCGUGAUGGCUCUCAAGCGCUGGCGGCACUUCCUCCUUGGGCGUCGUAGGUUUACAUGGGUCACAGACAACAAUCCAUUGACCUACUACAAGACGCAGGACACGGUGAGCAGCACGAUCAGACGAUGGAUGCACUUCAUCGACCAAUUUGACUUCACACCGAAGCAUGUCCCCGGCCUCUCCAAUCGCGCAGUAGAUACACUCUCGCGAAGACCUGAUCUUUGCGCUAUGACACAUCAUGCCUUCGCAUUCGACGAGGAGCUUCAGCGACACUUCAUCCGGGCAUAUCAGUCUGAUCCGGACUUUGGCACGCUCUAUGCACAGCUAUCUUCGGAUCACCCGUCGGCCAGCCAUUACCGCAUUGCCGACGGGUACUUGCUCCUCCACUCGAGAGGCAAGGACUUACUAUGUGUCCCACGCGACCGUCGUCUUCGGACUCGCCUCCUCGGCGAGUAUCAUGAUUCACGACUCGCCGGCCAUUUCGGAGUCAACCGCACUAUUGCACGGCUUCGACAGCGAUUCCGAUGGCCUGACCUCAUUGCUGAUGUCACUCGGUAUUGCGACUCUUGCGAACUUUGCCGACGCAGCAAGCCCCGCAACCCCAAUCCCUACGGCGAGUUACACCCGAUGCCUAUCCCACGGGAACCCGGUCUCUCCAUUGCCAUGGACGUCACCGGUCCGUUUCCUCGCGACCGGCUCGGGCACGACGGCAUCCUCACGGUUGUGGACCGAUUGACCGCGGGCGAUGAGCCCGAUGGCCCUUCAUUUGUGAUCAACAUUCCAGAGCAUCUGACGGUCCAUCCGGUCUUCCAUGCCUCGAAGCUGGCAACAUACACGCCAGCCAAGAGCGACGACUUUCCGGACCGUCGAUCGCAGGACCCUCCUAUGGAUGGCCAUCAGGAAGUUGACCGCGUCAUCUCCGAUCGCAAGUACGGCAGCAAGCCGCGACAGUACAAAGCCACAUUCAAAGCAUCCGAUCGCGACGACACUCGGUGGAUUUCAGGCGCAGAUUUGAAAGCAUCCGCACCGCUGAUCUACUCGCAUUACGAAAAGCGGAGGUUAGCUCAGGAAGCUUCACGACCAGCCCCUCCCACCCGGACUGUGGUCCCUCCCUCAGACAGAUAGCUUCGCCCUCGCAGUUUCUCUUAGUUCUGAACGAGGGGAACGAAUCAAGCAGAGGACCGGACAUGUUCCAUAAGUUUGGGUGGUCUUGGUCCAAUGCCGCGCACAUGUUAGAACCAAAAGGGUAUAACUUGGCUAUAUUUUUAUUACUUUAUCUAUGAACAGGCUAGUUAGACAGGGUUCCAUAAGUUUGGGUGGUCUGACUAUAACUUAUCACCAAUUGAAGAGAGUAUUAACUAAGAAUAAAUUUGUGGUACGAAG